ACUCCACCUGCACAAAGUAGCCAACGCUGGGGAGUCGAGAAGAGGAGGAGCCAAUACCGUGACCCUCACCUCAGAUGAGACGCGUGCGUGAAGAGUCAGGCAAGGCCGUUCCUGAGAGAAAAGAACAGCCCAUCUUCACCACGCGUGCGCACGUCUUCCAGAUUGACCCCAGCACCAAGAAGAACUGGGUGCCUGCAAGCAAGCAGGCCGUCACCGUUUCCUACUUCUACGAUGUUACCAGGAACAGCUACCGAAUCAUCAGUGUCGAUGGAGCCAAGGUGAUCAUCAACAGCACCAUCACCCCGAACAUGACCUUCACCAAGACCUCCCAGAAGUUUGGGCAGUGGGCCGACAGCAGAGCCAACACAGUGUUCGGUUUGGGGUUCUCCUCUGAGCAGCAGCUCACGAAGUUUGCAGAGAAAUUCCAGGAGGUAAAAGAAGCUGCCAGGCUAGCCAGAGACAAGUCCCAGGAGAAAACUGAGACCUCAAGCAAUCAUUCCCAAGAAUCUGGGUGUGAAACCCCAUCUUCCACUCAGGCGUCCAGCGUCAAUGGGACGGAUGACGAAAAGGCCUCACACGCGAGUCCAGCCGACACACACCUCAGGUCCGAGAAUGACAAGCUGAAGAUCGCUUUGACACAGAGUGCUGCCAACGUGAAGAAGUGGGAGGUCGAGCUGCAGACGCUGCGCGAGAGCAACGCCCGGCUGACCACGGCCCUGCAGGAGUCCGCCGCCAGCGUGGAGCAGUGGAAGAGGCAGUUCUCCAUCUGCCGGGACGAGAACGACAGGCUCCGCAGCAAGAUCGAGGAGCUGGAGGAGCAGUGCAGCGAGCUCAACAGGGAGAAGGAGAACAACAGCCAGCUGAAGAGGAGGAUCGAGGAGCUGCAGUCGGAACUCCAAGAAAAGGAGACGGAGUUGAAAGAUCUCCGGAAACAAAGUGAAAUCAUACCUCAGCUCAUGUCCGAAUGCGAAUAUGUCUCUGAGAAGUUGGAGGCCGCAGAAAGAGACAAUCAGAACCUGGAAGACAAAGUGCGGUCUCUGAAGACAGACAUCGAGGAGAGCAAGUUCCGGCAGCGCCACCUGAAGGGCGAGCUGAAGAGCUUCCUGGAGGUGCUGGAUGGAAAGAUCGACGACCUCCACGACUUCCGCCGAGGCCUCUCCAAGUUAGGCUCGGACAACUAGGGCCUGCGAGCCUGGGUGGUGAGUGCGCGUGAGAGGCAGCAGGCGUGGGGCGGGCUCCGUGUGCGUCGCCGUGGAGGUGCAGGUGCGUGGGCCGUCCCCUGGCCGGCUGGGCCGUCCGCUCGCUCCUCCAGACAGGAGACCUCUGCCUCCCCGGCCGCGGGAGGCUGCGUGCAACUGGGAGCUUCUGACUCAGGAAUCCAGAACUCGGUCUACCUUAGCCGACCAGGCAGGGUGUUUAUAUCUCUCUAAGGGCUGCCGCAACCCUGGGGACUGGGGGGCGGGGGGAGUGUUUUCUAAUCCAAGUACAGAGAUCCUUUACCACGGGCCGUGGGGCGCCUUCCACCGAGCAGCGUUCAGAGCGUGCCACUCUUCGGCGCGCGGAGGGAGUGUCUCUUCCGAGCACGCGUUUCAUUGACCUUAUGACAUGACAUCUACAAAGUUUACACUCAAAACGCUUGUCAAAAAAAAAAAGAAAAAAAAAAACGUACAACGUUUUAAGUAAAUUUACAAUUUUGUGUCGGAGCACAUUCAUAGUUAUCCUUGGCUACAGGUGGCCCUUGGGCUGUAGGUCAGACGUUACCUACUUGAAAAAAAACCACUUAGUGGGGACUCAUCCAGAGGGAGGAGAAGCCAGAAGUUUUCGGGUGUGCUUACUGACAGGGAGUUACUUGUACCGUUAUGUUCCAUCUCCCCUGAUUUGUUAUGGUUGCAGCAAUGUACCUCUUUCUGUUUGUUUUCCUGUUUGUUUUUUGCUUUUAAUUUCGGAGCAGAUGCUUAUGCUGUGGGAACAGCACGCAGGGAGGGUGUCCAGCACAGUCUUGGCACAUAAUAGGUGCUUAAUAAACAUUUGUUCAAUUAAAUACAUAAACAGAAUUUAGCGUUUUAAUCAGACCCCUCAGCAGAGUUCAGGCCUUCGUAGAAUGAUGCAUCAUCUUUGCUGUGCCGGAGUAGUGGUCAGAAGUGAACGCAGUUUGCUGCAGGAGAACCCAAAGCUGGCUCUGAGGCACGGACGAUGGAAAUGGACACAGCGUAGACUCCCCAGAGGCCCUCCUGCAGGGAGCCCAGCCCCGAUUCCCCUAGAGCUCACUGCCUUCGGGACAUUCUCCUCUUCUCAGCAGAGGGCCUGUAGUCUGAGACCUCCGGGAUACCGAGAGGACACGGAAUAGGAGCUGCCCUGGGCUCAGAAGCUAGGCUGGGCUCCCAUAAUGGAUCUGAACAACUGAGGAGCUAUACUACAAGCCAUGAGGGCGAGAGCUCCUCGGGUGGCAGCCCUUGGCCUCAGUGACAGAGAAGCUCUGCGUAGGUCCGCCUUUCCUUUCUCAGUUCCUGCUGAGGAAGGGCCUGCAGCCACAAGGCUCUCUGCUCACAGAGGACUUAGUGGAGUCGCUGGGCAGUCAGGUCCACAGGUGUCUUUCCUCAGGAGAGGCUGCCCAUGGGAGACAAAAUGGGUGCAGUCCAGACCCCCAGCACUUCUAAAGUCCUUGGGCAAGGGAAACGUUGGCAUUCCCUACCCCUCUGUGAACCCUCUAGAGCCAGGCAUGGUAGCACAAGCCUGUAAUCCCAGCAGAGGAUUACAGGAAGACAGAAGCAGGUGGAUCUCUGUGAGUUUGAGGCCAGCCUGGUCCAUAAAGGAGUCCAGGACAGCCAAGGCUACACAGAGAAACCCUGUCUUGAAAAACCAAAAAGAAAGAAAGAAAAAAAAAAAAAAAACAGAAAAGCCAACAAAACACCAAAAGAACCUUCUGAAUAUUCGUUCACGUGGGAUUAUAAAUUGUCCCUCCUGACUUCACAUAAAUGAGAAAACAGCCUGAGGAAAGAGCUGGGGCCUGGCAUGUUCAAGACCCAGGCCCUGUAGUCAUGUCCAAAGCCUCAUCUUUCUUUGCGGUAGCUGAGCAGUCACUCUUGCGAUAAGACAGGAAGGAAGCAUGGCAAUAUGGAAUGGUGAGCUCUGUUAGGGAGGACCUGUCAAGUUGAGGUGUGGUAACUCAGCCCAGGGUGUGCUGCUCCUGCCUUUCCCACCGCUCCAAUAGUUCUCAAAUCAGCAGCAGCUCCUAACAACAAGAGAACAAAGACUGGGUAGGCUGUGGCCCCACAGGGGGUAAGGGGACUCUUCCUACGCCAUCCUGGGCCCUUUGUCUGUCGGCAGGCUCCCAAGAGCUCUGGACACUGGUAUCCUCAGCUCACUCUCCAGAUGGCCUCUGUCUGCAGAUGGCAUCAUAUAGAAAGAGCUCUCUUGGCUGGCCAGAGUGUGAACUAGUGGCAUGGACUUCCAGAAGUGCUGAAAUUGGAAGUGCAGAAAGUUCUGGAAGUCAUUACCAUGGUGGGCUUGCUGUUAGGUCGAGGCCCACGUUCCCUGUGAUAGCCAUUGAAGAGUUUGGCAAGCUUCUCGUAGCCAGUAGAUGGGGGAAAUAGACUUUUUAUGCUGUUAGACUCUAGCUGUCCCCAACCUCCACAGCCCUGAGCCUACGAGCCGAGGGACGCCCCUGAAGGGCAAUUUAGGCUCCAGAGUGAAAGCACGAAACGUUAGCAUGGAGCUUCCGUUGCACCUGCUUUCCCUAAAGACCUCAUGACUCUUCAUUUGCUUUCUUUUUAAGAGCAACCAUGGCCUGGGAAUAGCCUGGACAGUCAGUCAGUCAACAAGAGGCUAUCUCUGUCUGUAGCUUCUGGCACUGCAAAAGACGGACCCUGUAACAGAGCGAAUGGCCCACCAAAAUUGUUCAGUAUGCACCCAUACCGGUGUGACAUACCUUCAUUCAUUAUGACGCCCGCACAGUCUUGGGACUGCUGUCAGGACCUCAAACCCUGUGCGGGCGUUUGUGGGCAGUUUCUGCCCGGCAGUUAGGGCCGCAGCGCGCUAUCUGCAGAGGCAGGUGUCCGGGGAGCUCUCCCAGCCUUGGCCUCUCCGGAAGGAGCUGUCUGCACCCUGCUUAGCUCGCUUCCCACACGCCAUCCACAGGGGGCACAGUAGAGAUGUCUCCUUAGACCUUAAAUGGGUAAGAGAACUUGGCAGAGAUUAUCAAAGGCAGCAGCAGAGGCAGUGGCAUACCCAGGGCUGUCCAGCUGUGACCAGCGGCAUGGGCUCUUGGGCCUCCUGGACUUGGGACAUGCUAUUGUUCCCCCCUCGGUGUCCCUUAGAUGAUGAGAAGAAGUAAGCACUCUUGUGCCCUGUUAAAAUUGUGUUACGCUGUAACAUUUCACUGUGUGCCCACAGCAAAGAACAGUGCCUGUGUUCACCCUACAGAGCAAGGCUCGUUCUUCUAACCGCUUCAGAUCAUCUCCGUGCUCAGAGAGGCCGUUUCUGUGGGACGCAGGCUAGCUUUGAGUUCUUUCCCGAUGGCUUUAACGGAGGCACAGUCAUCUUUUUAAAGCGAGGGAAGGCCUUUGGCGGCAGAGACAUAAACAGUGCUCUGGCCCAGAGACGGCCGGUCUGGAUGAGCCGCGGCUGGGCAGGUGCUGGCUGAUCCAGUGCUAAGAGCAGUGGGCGUGCCUGGCAGGCUGUCCUCCGGGCGAGCUGCCCUCCAGCCGAGCUGCCCUCCAGCCACAGCCAACGGCAGUGUGACGGGCAGUGCGCGCUCUGCAUUUGGUGCCAGGCACCUAAUCGACUGUGACAUGUGCUCCACUUCACGUGAGGCCCAAAAGCACCACGGCCAAGCCCAAUGUUCAGGGGACUCUCUAUAGACAGGACAGCAGGGGCAAACUUUGAACGGGACCCAUCUUGGACCGCACAUGCAGCCCGGUGCGUGCCUGGAAGCAGGGCAGCCUGAUAGGAGCCCCAGGGGGGCUGCCCUUCAGGGUGCUGAAAGUGGGUCGCCGGAAGUUACGAUCCUUUGAUUCGGGGGAACGUCACUGGGUUUUGAAGCCCUUGCAACACCAACCAGAAGCUUUUCAAAUCAAAAUCCGUACAUGUUUUGAAUGAUAGGCGUGAUUUAAAUAGGCCACGACUUCUGAGGACAUGGCUUCCCCCAAAGAAGUAGAGUCCAUUCUUGGGACAGGGCUGUGACGGCAUGGGGGUGGAGUCCCGAACAGAAGCAUGAGUUACUUACAUGUCUUUUCCUUAGGCCUUCCUAAAGAAUAUCAGUCCCUCUUUAAAGGCAAGCCUGACGAAGAAGGUGACUUUGGUAGGAGCUUUGAGCUGUGUGUGACAUUGACAUGUGUGCGACAUUCAUAUGUGUGCGUGUGCUUGAGUGUGCUGGAAAGGAAGCAUCAGGGAGAGCCAGAGGAACGAUUAGGAAGAGUCCAGCCACAGCUGCCUACUCGGGAGGAGGCUGAGUGGCCCUGGGAGUGAGGCUAAGGGUUCCGGAAUCCACCCGCAGGCCUCUGUGGGGCUCCGGGCUUGUGUGAAAUUGCACGGUGCCCUCACCCUUGCUGCCGAGCGGCCUGGGGCCACAGGGCCCCGUGAAGAAGCACAGGUGAACCACAGCGGAGUCCGAGCGUGCCCGCUUUGUCGGGAGACCGGCGAGACUGCCAGUCCAUAGCUGUGGGGACGUGCUGCGUCUCCGCCCUCCUGUACCACUCCUGCUAGGAAGGCCUGGCUCUCAGGUCACUGUGUGCUGUCCCCUGAUGUGACAGCAGGGAGACGCCACUUACAUCUUCCUAAGAGCUAAAUGCUAAGUAUGGGUUGGAUAAGCAAAGUAUUUCACAAGUACCAUUUGUUUCUUUUUAAAUGCUUUUUUGGAACAUAAGUAAUAGAUACUUUUUAAAGGAAAAAAAAAAAAGAAACUAAAGAUAAAAGGAACAAAACAAAUUCACCCUUUGUUCCACCAUCUGACUGUAACCACUGUUAACAGCUGGCCCUCCAGCUCCCCACACAGCCACUUUUGUUCCUUCUCCAUGAAAUAGCCUUCUGUCCUACACACUCUUCCAAUAACUGUCUUCUCCCCUUUGGCGCUGUAUGCAUGUCUCAAUCAGCAAACACGUGGCUACCACUUUUUUAACAGCCGGGAAGGUCAGACCUUGGCUAUCUAAGCCAUUCCCUGUUUUCUGCCCUUGUAGUCCUGAUAUCUUUGUAAACUGUUUGGAGUAUUUGCUUAGAAUAAAUUUCUAGCACUAGACUUUCCCGAUUUCCACCCUCUGGAGCCUCUCCUUCCUAGCCGUGCGAGAGGCUCCGUCAGCGCCCUUUGUGGUGGUUGCUCAGGGCCCUGGGGGUAGUUCUGGCCAACGAGCUGUGAGCAGAAGUAGCGUGAACCAUAGCCAGGACGGUAGGCUGCCCCAAGCUCUUGACUCCAGUGUCCCUGAUCCUUUGCCUGAGCAAAUGGUGACAUCCCGGGGAAAGCGUCACCCAGCCUGGGAUCUUGAGUGACUGGAUGGAACAGCUCCUUUGACCCUACUCCACCCGCCACUGACACGGGCAAGGAAUAGAGGCAGACCUCGAAGGUUUUCCCGCCGGGACUUCAGGGCAGGCGUCUUCCUACGGCACGGCGUGGCUGUCUUUUAACUAAUAAGAAGAAGGGCAUGCACCCUUUUAGGGUUCCAAACACAUCACUUCAAAUCGCCUUUCAGAAAUGAUGCCCCCAGCCAUACCUCCUCGGCAGUGCGCAUGAGUGCCCCUCCCCUCUGCAGCACUGCCGUUAUCAUGGAGGCAGGAGCUAACAAAAUCAUACUUUUAGUUAAAAUGUGAUCUUCAUUAGCAAAUGAGAGCCACCUGCCUCUGCCACAUGGCUUCUGGCCUGCUUUCUAUGUCCUUUGUCUUUUCAUUAAUUCUUCUUCCUCCUCCUCCUCCUCCUCCUCCUCUUCUUCUUCAUUAUCAUCUUUCUUCUUCUGCUUCUUCUUCAUGUAUAGGUACACCACUUGUGUGCCUGAUGUCCAAGGAAGGCCAGAUGAGGGCAUCAGAUCCCCUGAAACUGGAGUUACCGGAGGUUGUGAGCAGCAGUGUGGGUGCUGGGAGUCAAACCCGGGUCCUCGGAAAGAGUAGCUAAUGCUCUUGACUACUGAGACAUCUCUCUAGCCCCCAAACCCCUUUAUUUAUCUGUCAAUUUAUUUAUUUUUGAAACAAGGUCUCAACCAUGUAACCGUAGCUAGCCUGCAGCUCUCCAUGUUGACCACCCUGGCCCUAAAGUUGUGGCAAUCCUUCUGUCUCAGCGCUGCAAUUACAGGCUUGCUCCACCACACACAGUAGGCUCACUGACUUCAAAGUUCUUUUCAUAAGUAUUAUGAAAAUUAAAGUUGUAUCAUGGCUUUUAAGAAAAAAAAAAAACGCUUAUACGUUGAAAAGAAACCUUUUUAGUCAAAUCUGCUCUUUCCUUUAUAGUUAGGCCUCUGCUGUCAUGAUUGUGAAAGUUUUUCCGAUUCUAGUAUAUUCGGCACAUUCCAGCAUAUUAUAUUUAUCAGUGUGUUAUUUUGUCUAUUCAUUGUCUUUUUCAGCUGCUGAACCUCUGACCUAUGCCAGGUGUUGUGGUGGCACAUUCUUGUAAUCCCAGUAGUGGAAGGUGGAGGCACGAGAUCAGCUGCGUAGCAAGUUUAAGAAUCAGGCAGGCAGAUCUCUGUGAGUUCGAGGCCAACCUGGUCUACAUAGUAAGUCCCAGGCCAGCCGUGGUUGCAGAGUAAGACCCUGUCUUCAAGACAGAAUAAAACAACAGAAGAAAAACUACCUUUCUAUUUUAUUCCUAAUGUAUUUCUAAAUUGCACCAACACUUUUUUUGGGUGUAAGAAUGCUGGACUGAGUUACCUGCCUGUACCGUUUGGUAACCCUAACUUUAGGUUUAAAAUCCCCACUAAGAUUUUUUUUUUAUUAUUAUUAUUUCCUAGUCUGUUUUGCAUACUAAGAUUAACAAAAGAAAUUCAGGGACCAUUUUAUAAAUUUUGGAGUCAUUAUUUAUUGGAUGAUAUAAUAUUUCUGCAUCAUAAAAGUAACAUCUUUAUAACCUCUUUCGUUUCACUAAGUUUAUAAUGUUUGGUUUUAUGUCCCCCAGUCUGUUUUGUAUUUCUUCUAUGGGUAGUUUUUUUCAUUGCGGCUACUGUUGAAAACGAGAUCUUUUCCAACAGUUUACUGUUUCAUAGGUGUAGCACUGCUCUGCUAAUGAAAAUCUUUCCCCUUAGUUUCCUAAUUGAGGACAUCAAAUAAAAGUUAUGUAAAUUUAGACAUAAAAACUAUAGAAAAUCAAAAUCUCCUAUAACUGAAAUUCACUCUGAUCCAAGAUACUCAAUGAUUGUGUAACACACACACACACACACACACACACACACACACACGGUUUUACCAUUUUGACAGUUUGAUACAGCUCUUCUGCUACUUGCAUUCUUUCCUUGGCAGAAGAUCUUGGCCAUCAAGGAAGCAUCGAUUUGAUCUACCUCAUUUUUAUCUGCGUAGAAGAGUGUGUGUCGGCAAACGAGUUCAUUUCAUUUGUUUUCAGCCGCUCACUGAUUCUUUUACUCAUAACUUCAUUUGCCUUCCGUGUGUAGGUGUUAGUUUUGAUUAGUGAUAAUUUUAUGUCCAAAUUUUUCACUUUCUUGCCCUCCCACAUUGACCGGCACCCCUAUGACAGUGACAGAUUUGUCUAUGAUUGGGCUGGUCUUGGACAUGCUUCUUCACAUACCUACCCCUUGGCGAGGAUGUUUUUAGUCUCUUUCCAGAAAUAUGCAUGUGCCUCUUUGUUGUGUAUCCAAGUCAUGCCCUUGUGUCUCUAGUUUGCUGGCAGUUUUACAAGUAAGGGAUAUUGGGAUUUUAGGAAAUGAAUUUUUAACAUCUGUCAAGCUGUUCAAGUGACUUUUCUCUAUCAUGACUAUCACAUAGUAGGUCUGCUAAUAUUAAUUAAGCCCUCCCCUCUGUUUCUCCAAAACCCUGAUAUAGUCACAGGAUGUUGUUCUUUUAAUGUACGUCUCCUUUCCAGGUUAACAGUGGUUACUCAUGAUUGGUCGGUCUCUGGUAAAUUUUUACUUUAUCUUAUUUGUGCUUUCAGAUUUUUCUACAAAAGUUGCCUAUUACUUGUAUAGUAAAAUUAAGAGCUUUACAAUGAGAAAAUACUUUUCUUGAUUUUAUUGGUUCCUUUUAUUUUGGAAUUUCAUAUAUUAUUAAUAAGAUGAGUAAUUGUGAUUUUUCUGCUGUCUUUGUCAGGUGUUUUUAUGUGAACCUCCUUUAAAAUAUAUCUUGGGCCAGUUUCUAUAUCUUUUUCUAUGCCCUGGAGUAUAUAAUUCAAAUAAUAUUUAGAACACCUUGAUCUUUGAAGUUUUUAUAACAUGUAUAAAACUGUCCAAGUCUAGUGCCUUUUAAAGAAAUAAUCCUUUGAUAAUUUUAAAACUUUUUCCAUGCUCAUUGGUCUCCUCACAAUUUCUUAUUCUGUAAUAUUUUUUGACAAGCUAAAUUUUCCUAAAUAGCUGUCUUUAAGAUUUUGGGGAUCUGUUGGAAUGGAAUUAUAUUAUUUUUCCCUUACUGUUAUGUCUAUGCUUUCCACUUUUAUUCUGGUUAGUUUUUCAAUAAUUAGUCAAAUUUUAGUCAUCUUUGGAAUUUAUGUGUAAAUUCCAAAGUUUUAUUAUUUUGUAGUUGCUUUUCCUUGGUAUUUUUUUCACUUUUUCAAGUUAAAGGCCAUCUUGACUUCUUACAGUGAAAGGCACAGUAAAUCAUGUUGUAGGCCUGUGGCCUUUCCUCUGGACACAUUUGUAUCCCAUGAAUGUUAAUAUAUGAUAUGAUUGUUAUAAAUUAUCAUUUCAUAUUGGUGUUUAUCUUUUACUGAGGAGUUAUUUCAGAUUGUAUUUGGAGAUUUCCAGAUCAUUUGCUAUUUGUUGCUAUUGCUUUUAACAUUUCUUAUAAACCUCUGCUUUAUUACCUUGUUGUCAAAAGAGGGUACGGCCUGUACAAUUUGUGCAUUUUGGGGUUCAUUAACAUUUUGUUGAGACCUAAUAAAUUUUUAGUUUUAAUAAGCAACCUGGGAAGUGGGAGAAGGUAUGUUCUCUGAAAGCAACCAUGUUUGAUGUGUGUGUACUAAUUUCACCUUCCUAAGCAUACUGGUGUGGACCUUUUCAUUUUAUUUCCUUUGUUUAUUAAAGACUAAGAAAGACUGGUUCUCACUGCCACUGUA